GUGACUGCGACUGACAAAAAGGGCCCAGAUGCGGCAUUUACGAUUUCGUAUUAUGACGUCGUAAAGUUGACGUUGUCAAAUCUAAACGAGCACCUGUAUUUCGUAAUUACCGAUUUGCAAUUAGGUUUUGAAAAGGGUUGAAAAUAGACUGAACUUUUGAUACUUAUAAAAUUGUAUAAUAUUUCUACAUCAAUUAUUAAAAAAUAUUUAUUUUGAUUACCUUGAAAUGCAUAGCAUGGAGCGUAAACCAGUCACAAAACUUUUAAUUGUCCCCCUUUGUAUUUACAUUGGAUACAAAAGUACAAAUGGCGGUCUUAGUAUAAAACAGAUAAAAUGAGCCAGGAAAGUCGAUUUUCGGCAAGUCAGAGUAGCAUACCGCCUGAGAUUUUGCAGAACCAAGAUGAUGAUUUCAUAAAUGAGUUGAAUAGGGUCGACGAAUUAUAUUUUUACGAUUACGAAUGCCCCGAGUCCGAGAUUAAUUCUGAUGUUGAAAACUUUGAAUCUGACAAUGACGACGACAAUGUCGAUCAUUUAGUCGAACCUUCAGAUGACGAUACACGAGAAUAUAUUGCACAGGCCCGUUUCAGAAAUGACACUUGCGGGUGCAAAGAAUUUUAUGGCGAACCUUGUAGCCAAAUCAUUGAAAUGGACGCCGUUAUUGAAUUCCGAGAGCACUGCAAGGAACUUUCUAAAGAUGAACUUGAUAUGAUAAUCAAGGCUGAAUUGUUUGCACACAGGCGUUCUGGUAGUGUCACUGAAGCCAAGAAACACAAAAUUAAAGAAAGGGAACGCCCAUACCAGGAGUUUUAUUUCAAAGGAAAGCGAGUAUGUAGACAGACAUUUUGUUUUAUCCAUGGGGUUGAAAAGAAGAAAUUACUUUCUAUUGCAAAAUCACUAGAUGUAGAUGGACUAUCUCCUAGAACUUAUGCUAGCACAGGGAAACUUCCAAAACAUGCCCUUACAUUUCAGGAUUCAGAAAGGAUAAAAACAUUUCUUAUCAAAUAUGCUACUGAUAAUGCUUUGCCUCUACCAGGCAGGUUGCCUAAUUACAAGAACCAUCAAGUUUUGUUGUUACCAUCUGACAAAAAUUCAGUUGACAUUCAUGCAGAAUAUGAAAAACUUGCAAUAAAUAUGAAGUAUAGAAGUGUGAGUGUAAGAACAUUUCAAAGACAGUGGCAUGAUUUAUGUCCCAAUAUUGUAGUUACAAAGCCAUGUACUGAUUUAUGUCAAAAGUGUCAGGAAUAUGCUGGUAAAAUAUCUAAUAGUGGAAAUCUGUCUGAAGAGGAAAAACAGUUAUUGUUAAAUCACUAUAAUAUCCAUGUACAACUCGCAAAAGAACAAAGAGACUACUACCGUGAGCAGGUUAAACUUAGCAAACAAAACUACAUGGACUUGCCAGAUGCACUGAAACAAUCAGGAAAUUCUCCACAGUCAGUACAGACCACUCUACACUAUUCCUGGGAUUAUGCCCAACAAGUUCACUUUCCUCACCAUGCUCAGCAAGUGGGACCCAUUUAUUUCAAAACACCAAGAAAAUGUAAUGUGUUUGGAGUCUGCUCAGAAGGAUCUGGAAAACAAAGUUUCUAUUUGAUUGAUGAAGCUGAAAGUAUUGGCAAAGGAGCACACUCUGUUGUUAGUAUGGUGCAUCACUAUUUUAACAAAUUUGGUCAUGGAGAGACUGAUGCUAAAAUCCAUUUUGACAACUGCACUGGUCAGAACAAGAAUAAUGUAGUAUUAUGGUAUGCAUUAUGGAGAGUAAUGACAGGAUUACACAAAAGCAUAGAAUACUCAAUGAUGAUUGCAGGACAUACCAAGUUUGAGCCUGAUUGGCAUUUUGGUGUUUGGAAGUUACACUGGAGAAAUUCAGCAGCAGAAACAUUAUCAGAGGUAGCUGAAACUGUGACAAGGUCCAGCAGAAAUGGACACAACAUACCACAAGUUGUAGGAAAUAUACAAGAUCCUGUAAUGUUUUAUGAAUGGAAGCCUUAUUUGCAACAGUACUUUAAAACUUUGAAACAUAUAACUGACUAUCAUCAUUUUUACAUGGAUUCACAACACCCAGGAGUAGUAACAUGCAGAGAAAAUGCAUCUUCAGAAUCAUAUACAUUCAAUUUACUGAAAUGCAAAACUAAAACUCCACCAGGAGGUGAGCUUCCUCAACCAUCUAACAUCAAAAUUCUUGAACCUGCCAGGCAGUGGUAUUUAUAUGAGCAGAUAAGACAGCACUGCUACUCAGAUUCAGCUAAGAACAUUACAUGUCCGAAACCACUGGUUCCUAAAAAGGAAAUAGACUUAACACAACAAGACCAACACAAUGCCAAAUCCAAUGGAGGAAGAAAAAAGGCUCUGCUGAACUAAAUAAAAUGAUAAAAUAUU